ACACGUGUUUUAUUGUCUGUUUCUAUGUUAGAAGUUAUUUUUUGUGCAUCAGUUGACUGAUGAUGUCUUUAGAAUAAAGACGAAACGUCUCAAUUUGAAAUGGUCAUUUCAACAUGGAACUGAAUUAUAAAAGUAACUGCAGUUUCUAGUUCACUUUUUCAAUUUCCUAUGAUUCUACUAGAUCUCUAUUCAAAUUUUAACAUUUACAUCUGAUAAUUCAUUUAUUUGUAGGAAAUGAGCGUGGAUAUUCGAUUAGACGAUACUGAUUAUGAUUCGUUUUUUGGGUUAAGUAGUGUUUCAUCAUCGACCGCAUCGAAGUCACCAGUUACAGAAAAUGACUCUGAUAGUGGUAUUGGAGUCUCGGAUACACCAUCGAUGGCAUUAGACAAUUGUGUAUUUGAUUUUCCUAAUCUCGAUGCAUGGCAAUUGAAUAUGGAUAGUCCAUUUUCCGACGAUACCAAUGAAUUCAACCAGUUGUCCGCAUUAAUUGAUGAUAAAAAUCCAAUAUUGAUUGGGGACGGUUUGACUGACCAUUCUACAAUAGACCAGUUUCUUGCUGAGUUUGAAUUUGCACAAAAACAAGAGAGUCUUCAACAAAUUCCGUGCUUAUCACCGUUAACAUCUCCGUCAUGUUACAUACAAUCACAAACAAUAAAGUCACCUACAAUAGUGACUUCACCAUCACCGGCGUCAGCUGUUCAAUACCAUCGUCCAGUAUUACCUAAGCCAUCUCCAAUUCAAAAUUUGACCUCAAAUACAAAUUAUCAUCAACAACAGCAACAACAACAACAUUUACAACCAAUAACAAAUUGUGUCAAAUUGCAAUCAUACACAAAUACCGCUACAAGCGGAAAAAAAUGCGUUAAAAUAGAACCAAUACAAUCUCAAUCAUCUUCGGUUACACAAAUGUCACCAAAUAUCACAAUAAUCACAACAGCAAAACCUAUUACAGUUGCAAAAUUUCCUUUAAUCAAAAUGCCAGUUAAUGGAUCUCAAGUUACGUUUGUGAAGUCAGAACCUGAUUCAAACAAUUCAGCACUUUCACGCGUGGCAGCAAUAGCAGAUACGGAAACCUAUUACUCAACAGCAAAUGUAAUAACACCACCUGCAAAACGUCGACGUUCUCAAAGUUCUGUUCAACAGCACCCGCCCGGUGUGGCUUUACCAGUUACGACAUCGAUAACAAACACGAAUUGUAUUACAACAGCGCCCGCUAUUGAUACAAUACAAUCUUCUUCACUCACGGCAACAACGGUGACACUUGACCAGCUUAAAGUACAAUAUGGAAAUGCAAGUUUAAUGGAAAAUCUUGAAGUUAAAGUUAAAGAAUUGGCUGAUGAUAAUGACCGUUUAAAAAAUGAAAACAAUAAAUUACUUAAUCGUAUUCAAACACUCGAGAUGGAGAAUGAUCUGUUAAAAGCCUGCAAAUUUAUAAGCUCUCCAAUACGUAAUCGCAAACCUGUUAUUUUGAUGGGUAUUGUAUUGUUGGUCAAUGUUAUUGAUCAUUUUAGAUCUCUUUCUCCGGUUUCAAAUGAUAUACCUAAUACACUGGCUAUUUACGAUCGUUCUCAACAAUAUGCACGUUCACUACCACUUGUACCUAGUCGUGCUAUUUUAAGUUAUAAUGAAAACGAUAAUGAGUCAUACAUGAGCGAUCAAAAUAUCAAAUAUCCAUAUAUGCAGUGUGUAGCAUUUAUUAAUAAAACCCAUUCACAACGAAUAAACAAAGAUUUACAUUCAUGGGUCGAAGAUCAUAAUAAACAAGGCAUUAUAAAAGAGAAAAGUUCAUCGCCGAUUAUUCUCAAUAGUGUACCAUUAGCAAUACAUGAUACAAAAAAUAAGAAAACUUCAACGGCAACGGCUGAAAAACCAAAUGGAAACAGUCCAUCAUCGAGAUUAAUACUCCGAAAAAAAUCACAUUCAAAACCUAUCGACGAUGUUGAAGUUGAAGAUGAACAAGAUCAUCAGGCAACGGCAGAGCGCAGCAACUCUCUACAACCUUAUAAUCGACAUGAUCGAAAUCAUGAUGAAUUUUUUCGAGCUAUUAAUAGAAAAAACGACACUGUAUAUAUUGUGUCGUUCAAACGAGAUCAUUUAAUUUUACCUGCAACUGUUCAAAAUCAAACACAACGUCCAAAAAUGACUUUGGUUAUGCCGGCAUCGAUGACUAAUUUUAAUAAAUCAAUGCGUGUACCACCACAUCAUGUUCCGAUGAUUCAGAUUGAUUGUGAAGUGGAUGAUACAAAAUUAGUUUAUGUCAAACGUGGGUCCAUACCAUUUUCAUAUCAAAAUGAUUUAUUUCAAUAUUAUACAACAGCACCACAAAAAACAUUCGGUUGA